AUGCUUGCUGCCUCUGCCUUGCGUCUGACACUGCUGCUCUGGCUGGUUGCACCCCAACCCACCCGGCCUGAGAGACUCUUCCACAGCCGGGACCGUUCGGACCUGGAGCCAUCUCCUCUGAGCCAGGCCAAGCCCAUUGCUGACCUCCAUGCUGCUCAGAGAUUCCUGUUGAAAUAUGGCUGGUCAGAGGUGCUUAGUUCAAAGGAGUCACCAGGGGUCCCUAUGGGCUCCACCUUGGCUCAAGCUGUGCGAAGAUUCCAGAAGGCAAACAGACUGCCAGCCAGCGGGGAACUAGAUUCACCUACACUGGCAGCUAUGAACAGGCCACGCUGUGGCAUUCCCGACACAAGGCUGCCACCUCAGGCUGCUCUGCCAACCCCGCCAACCCCUUUGGGUCUCCGGCCCAGGGCCCGUCAAAAGCGCUUCCUUCAAAUGCUGCUGCCCAAGCCAGGUGGGCAACAUGAGGGCACUUUAGACACUGGGCCCAGGAGGGCCUUCUCCAGGAAGACGCUGACCUGGAGGCUGGUCGGGGAUGCCUACAGCAGUCAACUCUCUGUGGAAGAACAGAGAUAUAUUUUUAGACUGGCCUUCAGGAUGUGGAGCGAGGUGACACCACUGAACUUCAGGGAGGACCUCACUGCCCCUGGCUCUAUGGUGGACAUAAAGCUGGGUUUUGGGAGAGGCCGGCACCUGGGCUGUCCGAGAGUGUUUGACGGGAGUGGACAGGAGUUUGCACACGCCUGGCACCUGGGUGAGAUCCACUUUGACGAUGAUGAGCACUUCACCCCUCUCUCCAGCGACACGGGCAUCAGCCUUCUCAAAGUAGCUGUCCAUGAAAUUGGCCAUGUCCUUGGAUUGCCUCACACCUACAGAGUAGGAUCCAUAAUGCAACCAAACUACACUCCCCAGGAGCCUGCAUUUGAGCUGGACUGGUCAGACAGAAAAGCAAUUCAAAGACUAUAUGGUUCAUGUGAAGGAUCAUUUGAUACAGUGUUUGACUGGAUUCGCAAGGAGAAGAACCAAUAUGGUGAGGUGAGGGUGAGGUUCAACACCUACUUCUUCCGCAAUAGCUGGUACUGGCUCUAUGAAAACCGCAACAACAGGACUCGCUACGGGGACCCUCUCCAAAUCCUCACUGGCUGGCGUGGAAUCCCCGUGCAAAGCAUAGAUGCCUUUGUCCAUGUCUGGUCAUGGGGAAGAGAUGAGCGGUAUUUUUUUAAAGGAAACCAAUAUUGGAGAUAUGACAGUGAGAAUGACCAGGCACACACAGAAGAUGAAGAAGGAAGGAGCUACCCCAAACUGAUUUCAGAAGGCUUCCCCGGCAUCCCCAGCCCCUUGGACACUGCCUUUUAUGAGCGGAGGCAGCAGUUAAUUUACUUCUUCAAGGAGUCUCUAGUAUUUGCAUUUGAUGUCAACCAAAACCAAGUACUUAAUUCUUAUCCAAAGAAGAUGAGCCAAGUGUUUCCAGCAGUAAUGCCACAAAACCAUCCAUUCAGAAACAUUGACUCAGCUUACUACUCCUAUGCACACGGCUCUGUCUUCUUUCUCAAGGGCAACUCAUACUGGAAAGCAGUGAGUGACAAGGACAAACAGCACAGCCCUCAGCUUCCUCUGAAUGGCCUAUUUCCAAAAAAACCUAUUUCAGAGAAGUGGUUUGAUGUUUGUGAUGUUCAUACCUCUACACUGAACAUGUAA